CAUGCCGCUGAAAGAGGAGUGCAUAGUACCGAAUGAAACGGAAUAUGAGACUCAUCAUGAUUUUAUAACCGGAGAAGAAUCUUUCAGUUGGCCACAGAUUAAAGCGACUUUCUCACAGAAAACAGCUCAUGAAACAGGAACUACAAGUUAUUUCACCCCUUUUCACUGUGAAAAGAGUUUUGAUGAACAUGGAAACCUUAAAGGCCACAUGAGAGUUCACACUGGAGGUAAGUCUUUCACCUGCCAACAGUGUGGAAAAAGUUUCAAUAGAAAAGGAGUCCUUAACAGGCACAUGAGAGUUCACACUGGAGACAAGCCUCACACCUGCCCUCAACGUGGAAAGAGUUUCGAUCAACAUGGAAACCUUAAAGUGCACAUGAGAGUUCACACUGGAGAGAAGCCUUACACCUGCCAACAGUGUGGAAAGAGUUUUGAUCAACAUGGAAACCUUAAAGUGCAUUUAAGAAUUCACACCGGAGAGAAACCAUAUUCCUGUCUUCAGUGUGGAAAGAGUUUUACUCAAAAAGUAAACCUUAAAGUCCACAUGAGAACUCACCCAGGAGAGAGUUGUUUUAUCUGCCAAAAGUGUGGAAUAAGCUUCAUUAAAAAAGGAUUUCUUAAUAGACACAUGAGAAUUCACACUGAAGAAAAGUGUUACGUGUGCCAUCAGUGUGGAAAAGGUUUCAACCAAAAAGGAGACCUUAACUGGCACAUGAGAGUUCACACUGGAGACAAGCCUUACACCUGCCCUGAGUGUGGAAAGAGUUUCGCUCAAUAUGGAUACCUUAAAGUGCACAUGAGAGUUCACACUGGAGAGAAGCCUUACACCUGCAAACAGUGUGGAGUCAGUUUCACUCAUGAAGGAAGCCUUUACAGGCACAUGAGAAUUCACACUGGAGAGAAACCAUACUCCUGUCUUCAGUGUGGAAAGAGUUUUACUCAAAAAGUAACCCUUAAAGUCCACAUGAGAAUUCACACUAGAGAGAGUCCUUUUAUCUGCCAACAGUGUGGAAGAAGCUUCAUUCAUAAAGGAUUCCUUAACAGGCACAUGAGAAUUCACACUGGAGAAAAGUGUUACGUGUGCCAUCAGUGUGGAAAAAGUUUCAACCGAAAAGAAAAUCUUAACAGGCACAUGAGAAUUCACACUAGAGAAAAACUUUAUACAUGCCCUCAGUGUGGAGAGAGUUUCGAUCUACAUGAAAGCUUUAAAGUCCACAUGAGAGUUCACACUGGAGAGAGUCCCUUCAUCUGCCAACAGUGUGGAAAAAGUUUUACUCAAAAAGGAAACCUUAAAAGGCACAUGAGAAAAUUACACUGCAUUUAUUAAACACAAGCUUGAUCAACACACGAGGAUUCAUUUGAGAGAACUGUUUUAUGUCAUCAGUGUGGAAGGAGUUUCUCAGACAGGAAUCCUGUAAUAAUGUUAUGAUGUGUAGGAAGCUCAGAAGUGAAGACCAGGAGACUCUGCUGUAUAUUCAGCAGGAUUCUAUAUUGAGAAGGUGCUGUGUGGCACCGUUAGACUUGGGGUACUCGAUCUUGGACUCGAUUAUUAACAACGGAUUAAACAUGAACUCAGACAUUUUGGACUCAGGAAAUGGUCGAGUCCACAUCAUGUGUAACAUUAAAGGGAUCGUUGACCCAAAAAUUAAAAUCCUGUCAUUAAUUACUCACCCUCAUGUCGUUCAAA